AUGUCUUCCGGAGGUGCUGCUCUGCAACCGACCUUUCAAGGCCACGUCUCAACUACCCAGGACGCUCUUGUAUUAUUCGAAGCAUGUCUCCAAGGUCAUCUCUCUCAUGUCCCGCGACGCCCUCACGAUCGGGAGCGCAGCUCCCUCAUUCGCAGCGGCUCUGUCUUCAUCUACGAAGAAAACGCUUCAGGCAUCAAGCGAUGGACUGAUGGUGUUACCUGGAGUCCAUCGCGCAUUCUCGGCAAUUUUCUCGUUUAUCGAGAGUUGGACAAGCCAUUUCCUCCGGGCGAGAAGAAGCGCGCCAUGAAGAAGCAGAAUCGCCGCCCGAGUCGACCUGGCGAACCCUAUCCCGGCUCCCUUGGCAGCGAGAACGGGUCCUUUGGAAGCAAUGAGAGAACGCCUACUGAGGUCGAGCGGCAGCUCAUUGGAUCACUGAUCGACAGCUACGGCUUCAAACCUGAUGGCUUGGUCAAGAAAACCAUGAGUGUGACUGUUCAAGGCGUGACCCACCAUCUAGUCAGCUAUUACAACGUGCACGAUGUCAUCGCCAAUAACCUGCGAACACCGGGGCAAACCGAAAAUCUCCAGUACAUUCGGCCGCGCCCAGAGCUGACCUCCAAGCAAAGCUUCAGAUCGCCGAUAGAAGAGGUGGAAGAGGUGGACGGAAUCCGUGAUGGCCAGAACGCUUACCGGUAUGGCAUGGGUCAUCAGGCCUAUGUUCAGGAUUAUCGCGCACCAUAUCCAAUGGCUCAGUACUACCCUCCGAUCUCUCAAGCUCCCAGUGGCGGUUACUCGGCUGGCGUGCCGCCCAUGCAGUCUAGCUACCUGCAGACACCGGUUGCUACGCCUCAGAUGUCUGGGCAACGACCAACUGAGUAUGCUUCAUAUGACCAUGCGAGCUAUAACCGUGGCUACGACUCCAAGACUCCAACCUCGGCUACGAUGCCUCCUCUGAUGGGUGAUCGAUCUCAACCAAUGAUGUACCCUCCACCAAAUCUGCAGCGCCCGAUCAGCAAUCUGAGUCCUGUGUCAAUGGAGAACCGAACCAACCUGAGCUACCGACCUGGCUACAGUAUGGGCUCCACCGCGUCACCUAUUGACGGCCACCGACCUGGUGAGGACCGGCGCGAAUCUGGACAGGCCAACGCGCAAUUGUACGCUGGCCGCGCACCAUACUAUGGUGACGGUGCGAGCUCGCAGCUCCAUCAGCCGUCUUACGGUCAAAACCCAGCCCAACUGUCUCAGUGGUCAACAACGAACCAUUCUCAGCCAUGA